GUGCCUCCCUCCCGCGCAGCGCGGCAGGUCGGGGCGUGCGGCGGCGCGGAGCGGCGGCCCGGGCCUUCUGCUUUCCUAAAUCCAGCAGCAGACAAGAGCCAGCAAGAGGAGAGGGGGUGGAAAAAAAGCCUUUGAAGAGGACUGAGCAUUUGCACUGGUGCUGUCACCUGCUUUGGUGGUGAAAGGAACUUGGUGAACCGGAAAGAUGCGUGAGUAUACAGAAAAGAAGGAAACAUGUGGGACCAUCUGUCUGAAGUACCUUCUCUUCAUCUUCAACUUCUUUUUCUGGCUGGCUGGCGGGGCCGUGAUGGCAGUGGGCAUCUGGACCCUGGCUGAGAAGAGUGACUACAUCAGCCUGCUCUCCUCCAGCACAUACUCUGCAACUGCUUACAUCCUGGUGGUGGCUGGGGUGGUGGUCAUGGUCACUGGCAUCCUCGGGUGCUGUGCCACCUUCAAAGAGCGGCGCAAUUUGCUCAGAGUGUACUUCAUAUUGUUGCUGUGUAUCUUUCUCCUGGAGAUCAUUGCAGGAAUCCUGGCCUAUAUCUACUAUCAGCAGCUGAGCCUGGAGCUGAAGCAGAAUUUGAAGAACACUAUGACCCAGAAGUACCGGAGGGAAGGAGAAGAGAGUGUUACCAGUGCAGUGGACAAACUUCAGCAGGAGUUCAAGUGCUGUGGGAGCAACAACUACACAGACUGGGCCGACAGCCUGUGGAUCAAAUCUCCAGAGGCCAGUGGGAGGAAAGUCCCAGACAGCUGCUGUAAGACGAUCACCGACCUGUGUGGCAGAAGAGACCAUCCUUCCAACAUCUACAAGGAGAGCGGUUGCAUUACCAAGCUGGAAAACUUCAUUCAAGAGCAUCUGAAAAUCAUCGGGGCAGUGGGCAUCAGCAUUGCUUGUGUGCAGAUCUUUGGGAUGAUUUUCACCUGCUGCUUGUACAAGAGUUUAAAGUCAGAACCAUAUUAGUAGCUGUGAGAGCUCUGUCGCUCCCCCUCUGCCACUUCCCUUAGCACCUGCCAACCUGACCACUCUCCACCACCACCACCACCAAAGUGUCUGCAACUUGAGGACUUGGCUCUGUACCUGAAUGCCUUUAGAACCAUGCACUGCCUUACCUGCCCCUCUUUGCUGUGUGCAAGGCAGCUGGGAGUUCAGCAGGUCCUCUUCAGUGUCAAGAAAUGAAAGAGCUGUGGAUCUUCUGCUGGAAGCUUUAGCACAACAGUCCCUUGAUGUAACUACAAAGCAAGAUUUAUCCAUGGCCAUUUCUCUUGAGGCUUUUCCAGAGCCAACAUGAAGCUGUCAGGAUGCUGUACAAGAGUCAUGGUUUGCUCUCCUGAGAAGUGGCUGAGCAGUACCGGGCGCUGACUGUGAGGACAGAUGAUGGUUCUGCACUGAGCUGGAGCCAGAGCUGAGUUUCUCAUACAUGGAAGAUUUCUCUCUCUCCCUCUGUCUCUCCCAAGCGUGCACCGAUGUCCUCACACAGCUGUUCUCCACCAGAGAGGAUGCCUGCCUGGUUACUGGGAGCAGGAGCUCCUUGCCCAGCCGACUGGGAGCACAACUUGGUGCAGCUGAAAUCCACUUGUGACACUCAUGUUGCCAAGAUGUUGUGGGUGCCUUAGGAUUUCUCAGCAAUUCUUCUUCCUCUUCCUUGAAGCCUCCUCCAACACAGUGCCAUUAGGAGCCACAAGAGGCCUUUUGCUUCCCAGCAGUUCUGGAGCAAAGAUGAUGGACUGCCUUUUUUGGGUCUAGUCUGUUCUGUUGACUGGUUUGCAGCACGAAUGAGGACUCUUAUUUCCACCUCCCUUCCCCCUGAUGAGGUUUGGUGAAGAGCUGGUCUUUUUGUGGGGCUGCCAUAUCUUGCUACCCUUCGGCCUGCUCAAUUAGUGGAAAUACCUUUUUCAUCUGUUACAUGUUGAGAGGUUCCCUUAGUUUGAUUUUUCUAACUAAAACCUCCAGGUUUGCCUCCCUUGGCAGGAAAUUGAUAUACACCAGUGUUGUUCAGCCUCCAAAGAGCUUGUUAAUCACCUGAGGGUUUUCUGGCUUUGUCUGGGAGUUCACUUUACUGGUUACUGACAAGAAAGUCAGGAGAGUCAGUUUCAGCCAGUUGCCCCAGUGUACUUGGUAAAUUGGUAGUGCUGGGUUAGCUGAUUGCUGCUGAGGACACAGACAUUGCCAUGGACUUGGUGCCAGCAGGAUCAUAGCCUGAAUUCACAGCAUCUCGUGUUCCUCUUGUCUUGUUCCCUCCUUCCUGGUAUGCCUGUUACACUCAUGAAGCAGCAGAAAGGGGAGUCUGGCGUUUCUGAGCAGUGAGGAUAAGCGCAGACCUUCAUAAAUAAAUUUCUUCCCUCUUCUGGCCUUUUAGCAGUGCUGGCUGAGCCCUGUCCCUGGCAGCAGACAGCCAAUAGAAGCAGAACCAUCCAGACCAGUAGAGGGUCUUGCAGCAUCGUGGGGGGUUUGGUUCACAGAGCAGAAAUCAUGGACUGGAGCUAAAGGGUGACACAUUAAAAUUCAGAGCAGGUCAAUCUGAAACUCCUCCAUUAUCAGUCCUAUGAAAUAAUCCUCAACUAAUGCAGAAAGAGAGGUGGAGGAACUGAGAUGUAUCCUUGGUUCCACAACAGUAAGAGAGAGGAAAGAAAUCUAAAUUAUUCUGUAAUGAUCUAAAGGAGAAAUCUCUAAAUUAUUUCUUGUUUUAUAGUGAAGUUCCUUAACAAGUAUUGACUACUAACUAAGAGGAAAAUAUUGAGCAUGUUGCUUGAAGCAAUAUUUCUGAUUUCUUAAGCAUAUCUUCAUAGCUGCCUUUGCCCGUUCCCUUCAAACACAUUGUGCAGGGUUGGGAGAGGCCAGGAAGAAUGAGACAUGAACAGUAAGUUGGCUUGUGACCACUGAGCUGUUUUGUACUUUUUCUCUGUGUAACAAUAUUCAUUGCUCUUGGUUUUUUUUAACCCAGUUUAAGUUGCUGGCCAAUAGAAAAAUAAAGCUUAAGACUCUGUAC